AUGGCGGCGGGGAGGGCAGCGAUGGAAGUAGGGCCGGAUGGCGUCGCGGUGAUUACUAUCGUGAAUCCUCCCGUAAACUCCCUAUCUAUUGACGGUAUUCUCCUCCUCCUUUCCUUGAGAAUUGCGAAAUAUGACCUGGCUGCAUAAAGCUCCGUAUUUUCUGUGUAAUUUCCUCCGCUGGGCGUCGUCUCUUCAUUUCCUACAUGCUGUUCUGCGCUCUAGACGGAAAUUGGAAAAUAAAAUGAGGUGGAACGAACGUUCUUCUGUAGUGCUGCUACUUGCCUAUCACUUAUGCAUUUUCUCCUGGCCCUUAUAUGGCCUAAUUUUUAUGCAUCAUACUGCGCAAUCGGUUCCCACAUCAUGUGCACUGAAAGAUGAUUAUCUUUGAAUUUGUCUAAAAGUUAUUUGGAUUGGGUAAAAGUAACUUUCCUCAUUAUAUUUCAGUGUUGUUCAGCCUCAAAGAUAAUUAUGAGGAAGCGAUACAAAGAGAUGACGUGAAAGCGAUUGUGAUUACCGGUGACAAAAACACUUUUUCUUGCUUUCAUCGGGGAGAGUUAAUUUUUUUUUUUAUUCUAAUUUAGUAUUCAACACUUGAUUAAAAAAAUCAGGGGCAAAAGGAAAAUUUUCCGGAGGUUUUGAUAUCAAUGCUUUUGGUGGAAUUCAACAGGGGAAAGGUGACCAUAGUCUGCUUUUUAUGUUUGUGCAAUCAGGAUGCUUUUUGUGACUCGACCAUCCUUUUUAUGAUAAUGCAGCGGUGGAGCCCAAAGUUGGUUAUAUUUCAAUAGAUAUUAUCACCGAUUCGUUAGAAGGUAUUGUUUGGACAAUAUCCAUCCUCUUAGUUAAGCAUAGGAUGUUCAUCAUGAAAAAACGUCUUCUUUUCUCAGGCGCAAGGAAGCCUUCUGUGGCAGCUAUUGAUGGCCUUGCACUUGGAGGUGGAUUGGAGGUUGCAAUGGUGGGUUCCAGAGUUCAUUCCCCCUAAUUCUAAAUAUUUGUUUUAUUUUCUUGUUUGAUGGAAACAAUGGCUUCACUUAAAUUGGUGUAUUUACCUAGUUAGGCUUGUCAUGGGCGUAUUUCAACUUCAACUGCACAACUAGGCCUUCCUGAACUUCAACUCGGGAUCAUUCCUGGAUUUGGAGGUACUGCGUUUGCAUUCAUGAAAAGCUGGAAUUGAGAAAAAGAAGGCUUGAUAAACUGCGCCCUGUUAUGGCAUCUGUUACGAACAUUCCAAUAUUUUUUGACGGUUGUAGUUGGCUGACUUAUGCAUUAUUUCCAACAGCGUGGGAUAAUAUUCUUCAGGUCUCGGUGAUCUUGUCUGGCUGUGAUCGCCGCACAGAUCAGAAGCCGAACUUGUAUUUUAAUGAUGACAGGAUCAUCCUUUACAAUAUUCAAAUCUCUUCUUUUCACCAUUCAAGACUUUGCUAUGUUAACCAUUCUCGAUAUUCAUUUUCCCUUGAGAUGUAUCUUUAUAGUUUAGUGCUUUUUACCUUGAGACUGCAAUGCGAAACGUGACAGGAAGUGGUUUCUUUUGAUGUUGUAACCAUACUGCUCAUUUAAUGGACGCAUGUCAACAGACCAAACUACUACCGCCCUUCAGAAAGUAUUUUGUAAAUAACUGUGUGCGUAAUGUUUUCUUAUUUUUUUUACGUUUUUUAUCGUGUUAUUUUGAUGAUCUAUAUUGUAGUUCAUCUAUUUUCGGCAUUUCUCCAUCUUUCUUAUUUCAAAUUGUGGCCUUCAGACAGGUUUACUCUCCCUUUACACAUGCGGUCAGUGGAGGUUGUUGAGGAUAUUUUCUUGUAUUUAUUUUCAUAGAUCAGAAAUAAUUCAUUCUGUCUGUUAGUCAAGUCCUUAGUUUCAAAUCAACUAACAUUCUUUUAUGUUCCAGGAACACAACGACUUCCUCGUCUUGUGGGUCUUUCUAAGGCUCUCGAAAUGAUCCUUGUAUGUGGUCUUAUGGCUAUCUCGUGGAUUUAACCAUUAUGAUAAAAGCCUUUACGCAUGCUAACAUCUCGUGAAUUGGUUCAUUCCACUUAUGUUUUAUGUUCUCCAUGCCUCAACAGUUGUCUAGGCCAAUUAAAGGAUCGGAAGCUUAUGCCUUUGGAUUGGUGGAUGCCAUAGUUCCACCUGAAGAGCUGGUUGAUACCGCUCGUCGUUGGGUUCUUGAUAUUGUCGAGUAUAGAAAACCAUGGAUCAAGAGUCUUUACAAAACCGACAAAAUAGAGCCCCUGGGAGAGGCAAGGGAAAUCCUCAAGUUUGCAAGAACCCAGGCACAAAAACAGGCUGCUAAUCUCCAACACCCAUUAGUUUGUAUUGAUGUUAUUGAAGAGGGCAUUGUCUCAGGGCCUCGUGCAGGGCUAUGGAAGGUAUGUUUGGCUCUGCUCUUCUUUUGUACAGUCGGGAUUAGUUUCAGCUAUCUAAUCUUGAUAUCCACGUUUUGCAGGAAGCUGAGGCUUCCCAGAAGCUUAUUAAUUCAGACACGUGCAAGAACCUGCUUCAUGUCUUUUUUUCUCAACGUGCAACUUCCCAGGUCCGUAGAACCUGAUUUGAUCGAGAGACUAUAGGUUUCUGUAUGUCUAUUGUAAGCUAGCUGUGUGCAACCAGUCAUGCGUUCCAUGCAAACAUUUCCUUAUUAGAUUCACCAUCUCUAUAGCUAACUUACGAUUUAGAAAUUAAUGAAAGAAAACAACAAAUAAACAUGUUGCUUGUAAUCGUACACCAUCCACAUAAAUUAGGUCUGGUAUCUCUUGUUCUUUCUGACUUCAAUGAGAGAAUUACUGUCACUUUUCUUUUUUUUUAAUAUCACUUGUCCUAUUUUAUGUUUAUUUUGCCCUGAUAAAUUAUUGUACCAGUGUAUUUUAAUCCCUCAAUUAGAUAUAUUUAACCUUUUAUGGUUCUCAUAUAUUUCUUUCGAAGAAAUUUCCUGUUUUCUUCUUUUUGUUGCGCAACCUUUUCUUGGGACCAUUAGUGCAUUGUUUUCCUACUAUCAUCUGACAUGAUUUAAACUUGUAACAGGUUCCUGGGGUUGCUGACCAUGGUUUGAGGCCGAGGCAAGUAAAUAAAGUAGCUAUUCUUGGUGGUGGGUUCAUGGGGUCUGGAAUUGCCACGGCACUAAUACUGAGUAAUAUUCCCGUAAUCCUGAAAGAAGUGAAUGACAAAUUCUUGCAGGCAGGGAUUGGGAGGAUUAAAGGUACCUAACUAACAGGUCUUUUACUGAAUUUCUCUGUACCUUUCCAGGCAUUUGCCAAAAAUACUAAUUUAUUGAAUUUCUUAAACUAUAUUCGUGCUCAUAAUAUUACUCUCCUCAGGCAAUUUACAGAGCCGUGUGACGAAGGGAAAAAUGACCGAGGAGAGGUUUGAGAGAGCCCUCUCUCUCCUGACAGGUGUUCUCGACUAUGAACGCUUUAAAGAUGUAGAUCUGGUCAUUGAGGUGCGCAUCCAAGCUCUCGUUCGUGUGAAUUGUAACAUACUUUUUAUUUUCUUUCGAUAUUUUCCAUUUUUAGCAUAUUUUAUUUGAGUUGUCUUUGUACCUGAUAUUAUGACAGGCGGUUAUAGAGGAUGUAUCCCUGAAGCAGAAAAUAUUUUCUGACCUGGAAAAAUACUGUUCACCCCACUGCAUCCUAGCUAGCAAUACUUCUACGAUAGACUUGAACUUGAUCGGGGAGGGUACUAAAUCCCUAGAUCGUAUAGUUGGUGCUCAUUUCUUCAGGUAAUCAACACCACAGCAUUUAUUUCCAAAUUAUCAAUUUUUUUAUCCUUAAAUCUCAUCUUAAUCCACGCUCUCGGCACAGCCCUGCUCAUAUCAUGCCACUCUUGGAGAUUGUCCGUACUCAGACGACGUCACCUCAAGUAGUCAUUGACCUAUUGGAUUUUGGAAGGCAAAUUCGUAAAACCCCCAUUGUGGUUGGCAACUGCACUGGUUUUGCCGUCAACCGGAUGUUCUUUCCUUAUCCACAGUCAGCAUUCUUGUUUGUUGAACACGGUUUGGAUGUUUAUCAAGUUGAUCGAGCAAUCACUAAGUUUGGAAUGCCGAUGGGGCCAUUCAGGUACUUUUUUGCAUAAUGUCUUUUGGGUAGAAGCUGUAGACGUGAAUCGACAUAGUUUUUUUAUGGGUCUCGAAUAUAUAUAUAGAUUUUCUUUCUUCUUCUCGACCCCAUAUCUGUAAUGAAUCCACCGGUUGACUUCCCAAAUCGUUUGAAUUUAUUUUCAUAAUGUGCGCAGAAUGGUCGAUCUCGUCGGCUUUGGAGUCGCCAUUGCUACCACCAUGCAGUACCUCCAAAGCUUCCCUGAAAGAUGCUACAGAUCAGUGCUUCUGCUGCUCAUGAUGGAGGACAAGAGGGGAGGUAAUCAUCAUCCACGGAGAGUUAAAUCCGCCAUCGUGCUCGUCGGAGUUCAGAGUUUCUCAUUUGCAGCACGCGGUCUAUUUCACAGGCGAAGCUACUCGCAAGGGAUUCUAUACGUACGAUGACAGAAGGAAGGCCAUGCCGGACCCUGAAUUGAAGAAGUAUGUUGAGGAAUCGAGGAAAACGGCCGGUAUCACCCCUGAUCCAAAGGUCCUCUCUCUCUCUCUCUCUCUCUCUGCACCUCCAUGAUUGUGAUAACCAGCUUCAUUCUCAUUCUCCUUUGGAUUCUGCAGCUGAUGAAGGUGUCGGACAAUGAAAUCGUGGAGAUGAUCUUCCUUCCCGUGGUGAACGAGGCCUGCCGCGUGCUCGAGGAAGGGAUCGUCACCAAGGCAUCGGAUCUCGACAUCGCCUCCAUCAUGGGCAUGGGCUUCCCCCCUUACAGGUCUGCUUUCGUCAGUUGACCAUUUGUGGCCCCCACAGUGUUCUAGACCUCAGGCUGGGUCCCCACCCACCCACCCAUCACUUCCACUUCAUCUAAUAUUUGGGUUUUUCUGAUCAGGGGCGGCAUUAUGUUCUGGGCGGAUUCUCUUGGGGCCAAGUAUAUACACUCGAGGCUAGAGCAGUGGUCAAACAUCUACGGCGAUUUCUUCAAGCCGAGCGCCUACCUGGCUGAAAGGGCCGCCAAAGGCCUUCCUCUGGUGGGAUUCAUGCCUCAUACAUGUUACGUUCACCCCCCUCCCACCCCCCCACAGAAUCUUAUGACUGCUGACGGGCAAUUGAUAAAACUUUUUUCCCCCGCAGAGUGCUCCGCCGAACCCCGCGAAGCCUCGGCUGUAG